UCUGUUCACGUAAAAAUUCUGCUCUCCGAGAACCGCCGCCUCUUCUUCCGACGCCUUCUCCACUCUCCGGCCGCUUGCAGACGAUUUCUCCGGCAGCACCAUGGGCCGCGUUCGCACCAAAACCGUGAAGAAAUCUUCCCGUCAAGUCAUCGAGCGCUACUACUCGCGCAUGACCCUCGACUUCCAUACGAACAAGAAGAUCCUCGAAGAGGUCGCCAUUAUCCCCUCCAAGAGACUGCGAAACAAGAUCGCCGGAUUCUCCACUCACCUCAUGAAGCGGAUCCAGAAGGGACCGGUCCGUGGCAUCUCCCUCAAGCUUCAAGAGGAAGAGCGCGAGCGCCGGAUGGACUUCGUCCCUGACGUCUCCGCCAUUAAAACCGAUCAAAUCGAGGUCGAUAAGGAGACGCUCGAUAUGCUGUCUGCGCUUGGAAUGAACGAUAUUCCAGGGCUUGUUCAGGUCGAUCCGUCCGUGCCGCAACAGGUUGGAUUUGGAUUGGGCGGACGUGGUGGUAGGAGGUACUGAAAUCCCCUAGGGUUUUGAUUUUAUCUCUUUUCUUUUCUUCCUCCGAUUUUCUGUUGGGAUAACUACACAAUUUUGUGAUUUAGUUUCUUUAAUGAGUAUUGUUACUUCUCGCUCUGCUAAUUGAUCUGGAGAUUUUCACAUUGAUUUCAAGGAGCCUUCAAUAUAGAGAUUUGUUAUCCAAGUUUGUUGAGAAUUGAUUUGUUUUA